UCAGCUAGUAGCUAGCAGCCUACAUCAAUCUCGCCGAAGCUGAAUUUAUCUUGUUUCUUUAGCCGUGCCGGUCUUGCUCGCAUAUCCUGUCCUCGACAUCUUGCAAAAAUCUGAAGUUUGGAAAUAUAUUGAACCAAUUUAAGGAGUUUGUCUUUCCAUCGAUCAUCGUUUCAAAAUGUCCAGGCCUGUAAUAGAAUAUGAAACUGAGUCGGCGACUGACAAGCUGAAAAGGAAAGCCCUUGCCGAUCCAUAUGUACCAGUUGGUAUCUUGGGAUUCGUUGGUGCCUUAGCAUGGGGUGCCUACUCGUACAAGAGCCGUGGGAACACGUCCACAUCCAUCUUCCUGAUGAGGCUUCGAGUUGUGGCCCAGACUUGUGUGGUGGGAGCCAUGGCCGUUGGGGCAGGAGUGACGAUGUGGAAGAGAAGUUCUCCAGAUAAGGAGACAUAAUUCUAGAGAUCACAUACAUGUACAUGUAUGUGAAAGAUAUGCUAGGAUUGCCAAAUUGAGGGAUAGGAAAAACGAAGUUACAAACUUCAUUUGUGUCACCUGUUGCUAAAAUGAAGUGCCGGUCUCUGUGUGUUUUCUUAAAUGUAAAAGACCUAACAUUUUUCUGUCAAGUUUUGAUGUAGAUUUGUAACACCAGGGACAAUUGAAUUUCAGUUUUAUUCAUAACUUUUAUUUCUGUAGUAUAUGAAGAAAUCAUAGCUUGCAUGUGCACAUUUAUGGCAUAUUAAAUUAAGUAGAGUGAUAAAAAAAACAUGAUUUUUAUUUUUAAUGCCACAGAGAGAUCAAAGUUACAAAAGUUAUAUAAUUUCAAAGUCUGCUUGAUGCAUAUUUAUUUCCUUGCUUUGACAGCAAUAAAACUCUUUUAAUAUCUUUAUGGUGAUGAACAUUCAGAAAAAGGUAAUUGCUAUUUAUGAUUUACAAACCAAUAAAGAGAAACAGCUCAAAAGUAAAA